CGUCUCUCUGCGUGUGAUCUGCACGCCAUAGUAUCGCGAGAUGAGAUUCCGGAUCAGCUGUCUUACAGAAGCCAAGGAGCUGGACCUUUAGUGUCGGUGUAGUGAUCCGGGACUGUGGUCUGAAUGGAUUCAAUACAUUUUAUAAUUACAUAUAAACACUUUUAACAACUUGAAAUGCCUUAUUAGAUUAUUCAAUUCUUUAUGAUGUGCUCCGGCGUACCAGUUCUUGCUUUUGACCGUCCUGCAGCUGAUAUAGCAUAUACUGAAUGAACCUAGCCUUAAUACAGUGUAUUGUGAGCAGCUCUGUGCCCGUGCCACCAUAGCAGUGCCAGUCUUGUAGUGCGCAUGUCCAUGAUCUGCUUAGACUUUCGAAAUUCCAUGUCAGUGUUUCCAGCAAGAGUGACACCUGAAUCCAAAAGGAAGAUUGAUUGGUUUUUAAUCAUCCCUAAAUAUGGGUGAAAACACCAGUCCUAUCAGUGUAAUUCUGGUGAGUUCGGGAAGCAGAGGAAAUAAGCUACUAUUCAGAUACCCUUUUCAGAGAAACCAUGAGCCUCAUUUAUCGAAGACAAUUAAUCCAAGGAGCUGUUAUGCCUUACCUAACACAGGGGACAAUUGUGAUGAUCCAGAUGGAGAUUCCAAGUUCUCGGAUGUCAUACUUGCAACAAUUUUGGCAACCAAAUCGGAUAUGUGUGGCAAAAAGUUUGAACUGAAGAUUGACAACGUGCGAUUUGUUGGCCACCCAACACUGCUUCAGCAUGCACAGGUUUCAAAAACUGACCCUUCUCCAAAAAGAGAAGCGCCAACGAUGAUUCUUUUCAAUGUUGUGUUUGCCUUAAGGGCGAAUGCUGACCCUUCUGUAAUAAACUGCUUACACAAUUUGUCUCGCCGAAUAGCCAUCGUUUUGCAGCACGAGGAGCGACGGUGCCAGUACUUAACAAGAGAAGCCAAACUUAUUUUGGCGAUCCAAGAUGAAGUCACUGCUAUGUCUGAAACUAAUGGGGGGCCACAGUCACCUUUUCACCAUAUUUUACCGAAGUGCAAACUGGCAAGAGAUCUAAAGGAAGCUUAUGACAGCCUUUGUACUACGGGUGUAGUUCGUCUGCACAUCAAUAAUUGGUUGGAAGUCAGCUUUUGUCUGCCACAUAAGAUCCAUUGUGUUGGAUCGAAUUUUAUCCCACCAGACGCAAUAGAAAAGAGUUUAAAAUCAAUAAGACCCUACCAUGCUCUGUUACUUCUGAAGGAUGAAAAAAACUUACUGAAUGACCUCCCGCUGGAUUGUUCUCCAGCUUUAGUAAGAAUCAUUAAGUCAGCAUCCGCUGUAAAGAAUCUUCAGCAACUGGCUCAAGAUGCUGAUUUGGCCUUGUUACAGGUAUUCCAGCUUGCAGCUCAUUUGGUUUAUUGGGGCAAAGCUAUUAUAAUCUAUCCACUUUGUGAGAACAAUGUCUAUAUGCUGUCCCCAAAUGCAACUGUUGGUCUCUAUUCAUCUUUGGCAGAACAGUUUUCACAUCAGUUUCCUGGCCAUGAUCUCCCCUCAGUCCUUUCAAAGUUUUCUCUGCCUGUUUCAUUGUCUGAGCUUAAAAACCCUUUGUCCCCACCAGGACAGGAGCCGCACCUCAUACAGAUGGUCAUAUUUAUGCUGCAGCAUCGACUCCUGAUCCAGAUCCACACAUAUGUUUGCCUUCUGGUGCCUCCAAAUGAAGACGUGGCUUCAUCAAAAGAUGAAGAUACACCUUUUGCUGCUAGAGUUGGAGGAAGAAGUCUGAGCACACCAAAUGCUUUAAGCUUUGGCUCGCCAACAAGCAGCGAUGACAUGACCCUGACCAGUCCAAGUAUGGAUAACUCCAGUGCUGAACUACUGCCAGGGGCAGAUUCCCCAGUCAACAAAAGAGCUACAGAGAAUCUUCUUGCAAGUCUUUCCCAAAUUGAGAGGGAAGCAAUUCUCAAUAUACCAGCAGCUCAGAAUCAAGAGGACCUCAAAAUGUUUGCAAGGCUUCUGCAUUAUUUCCGAGGACGACACCAUCUGGAAGAGAUCAUGUACAAUGAAAACAUGCGACGCUCACAGCUUCUGAUGCUGUUCGAUAAAUUCCGAAGUGUGCUUGUAGUUACCAACCAUGAGGAUCCGGUUAUAUCUGUCUUUCAGUCGGUGUUUCCUUAACGACUCUGCCAAAGAAUGCUCUCUCUCUGUUUUACCGGUGUAGUCAGUGUUUCUUGCUUUUAAUACAUUAACUCUGGAAGAUUAUUCCUAUAUACAGAGAUCCCCAACAAGAAAUUGUGACUCCUCUGCACCAAGCACGUUGCUUACCAAAUGCCAGUAUCCUGCAAUGUGACCUAUUUCUGUAGAGGUAACACAAUGCAAUGUCUUAUAAUCAAAGCUAUACAGCAAUAUUCCUUUUAUAUUUCAAGUAUCUGGCAAACAAGAAACAAUAUAUUAUGUUAACAGCACAUUUAAGAAUAUUCAGUCCAUUUCCAAAUGAUUUCUCUUGCUCUCCAUGCUCUCUUGCUCUCCAGGAAUCAUAUCUCUCUUUUGGCCGACAAUGUUCUUAUCACGUAUUCACCUGAAAUGAACAUAGAUAUGAACAUGGUAAAAGCCACCCAUAAACAUAUAUAAAUGGGUUGUUCACCUUCAAAACACUUUUUUUUCAGUUCAGUUUUUAGAUUUUUCAUCGGAAAUAAAGAUUUUUUCCAAUUACUUUCCAUCUUUUAUUGUUUACCGGUUUUCCAAAAAUGAAGUUUAAUAUUGUGGUCUCUGGUGUCCAAUCAAUAAUCCAGGUGUAGAUUCUGAACUCUUAUAAUUUGCUGCAUUAGUUGAUACAUUAUCUGUGGAAUAUUAGCAACUAUUGUAUCAGUUCUAACAGCUGCCCGGCGGCAGCUCCGCCGGCUUAAUAUACCACUGAAACCACACGCAACCAUCAACUUGCGUUUUUCAGCACGUAGUUUCUUUUCCCAAGAUGCACUUCUUAUUGUUCUCAUUUCCCAUUAUUCCGCUGGCUAGAAAUAGAGAAGCUAUUUAAAAAUAGAAAAGAUAUUUACAUGCAAAAUGGAGCAGGAAUGAUCGUCAAUACGCAAAGUAAUUACGUCACCCGCCUAAUACUCUUUAAAAACAUAUAUGCAUAAUCUAUCGCGAGACGCCAUAUUUAAAAUAUGCUGCGUAUUUAUGUAAAGUGUGGUUUCAAACAUGCAGAUCCCAUUGAGUUUAUCGAUUUGGUAGUUUCUUGACGUAUUGGCGUUUCUGCUGAAAAACGCCAAUGCUGGCGUCCUGUGGCUUAUUUCGGCUUGCAAUUGCCCUGUGAGAUUUGCCAUAGUGCGUUUUCCAUUAGUUUCAGUGGUAGUUCUGUUUAUGUGUAUUCAUGCCUGACGGAGCUUUUUUAAAAAUGCAACGUAAAGAUGUCACGUCUGGCCUUGCCCUUAAUGAAACUCGGGGAUUCUGCUCAGCAGGGACGAAGAUAAGAAGUGUAUCAACUAAUGUAUAGAUUUAGGACAGUUGCAGAGUUGAUGACCCCCUUCCCAGAGCUGCUUCAGAAAGACAUAAGAAGGAAAAAUAUAGAAAGAUUUAAAAAAAAAAAGGAUUUCUGGUGAACUAUCUGAAAUCAACUCAACUGAAAAAAAAGUGUUGGAAGGUGAAUAACCCCUUUUAGAAAAAAUUCCUUUGCUCCUUGAAGCAUCCAGGGUCGGACUGAAACUCUGCAUUCACUGAACUCUCCCCGCCCUGAGUGAUAGAAGUAAAGCAGGUAUGCACUGUCGGGCGGGGGGAAGGCAGGUGGAGGAGGGAUGCGGCUGGUAAGGGGGGCUCGGGGCAGGUGUGUGUGUGUGCCCCUGAUGGGCCCGGAACCCCCCCGCCCCAGUCUGACACUGUCCUAAGUAGUCCCAUAGCCAGUUAGAAUGAUGUGCAUAUCAGUUUUUUAUUUUAAACAAAAAUUCCUUCAGUGUGAGCAUUAUGUGUCCAACUUCCAGUCAUCAUAAAUGCAUAUGACUCUGAAGCACUCUAAUAGCAGCAAGUUGCUUUGUAACUGAUGUGGCACAUGCCCCUAUAUAUCAGAAAAGGCACUGUUUGCCCAGGUGCAGUAAACCAUAACAACCAUUCAGAUGUUUGCUUUUGUGCAGGUGACUAGUAAGUGCUACCUACUGAUUGCUUGCUCUGACAGUAGCAAGCUUUGCUUAUUUGAUUACAUUGCACUAUUAGAGAUUUAGGAUCUGUGCAUUGCUGUGAGGUGGUUUUUGUCCAUUCUACCACAUGGGAAAGUAGGGGUUAACUGACUCCAGGCUUCUCUGUGGGCACUGUGCCAACCUGCAGAACAUGGAUAAAAUAAGACAUGAAAAAUUGUAUCCGCGCUCCCCAUUAAUACACACUCCCAUGGGUACAUUUUCCAUAGAGAAGGGUAAAUAUUUCCUAAAAAAAAUCUUUUGUCUCUAAGAAAGACCUUUAUUUAUGUACUUUUAUUUUCAUUGGAACAAUUUGUGUGCUGGUAGAUUUAAACACACCUGGUCCUAAUACAGCAUUUGUUUUACUUUGUAAAUGUGAUUAUGUAAUAUAUGUAAUAAUGUUUUGUAAAAACCUU